AGGUGGAGGCUCUCUCUUUUUUUGGUAGAAAUGAAGGGGUGGGUCUAUGGUACAUCACCUGAGUUGUGGGGUAAAUGUAGAGAGUGUCAAUCAAAGGCAGAGCUCAGAGCUGGGAAGGAGCUCUAGAUGGCGGCUGUGCCUUAGAGAGAGCGCGCUCAGCUCCGUGCCUUCCCCAACACUUUACGCAACUUUCCCUAACUUUCAGGCAGCCUCAGGGGGCCCCCACAGCCCCUUGCCUCUCCUAGGCAUUAAUCGGGGGCCGAGCGGACCUUUUUCGGGCAGAAAAGCAGCUUUUGAGGGCUCCCUUUUCGUGCCUUGCUGGAAAGAAGAAGCCGUGGAGAGAGCCCAGGUCGUUGUUUUUCCAGCUUAGAAGCCAUGGCGUACCUCCAUUUUUGUGCGCUCUCCUAAUGAGCUUUUUCCCCCGGACAUUUUUGUACCAAUUACCGCUUCUUUUGCUUUAUCGGCAGCAUAUUUUUGGGAUUAGUAUAUAUAUAUUUUUUUCGUUUUCUGAAAUUUGUAUUUUAUCGGUACAAUUCUAAAUAUUUUGGAUCUAAUGUUUUUCCACUAUCCGAAACUAAUAUCGACUUGGUCCUGGCGGCGGUGCAUGGAUCAGUAAAUACCUGGGCACAGGACUUCAAAGCAAACAGACACCCCUGACCCCCUUUUAAUAUUUAAGAAUAAAAAGAUGAUGAGAAAUAAGGACAAAAGCCAAGGAGAGGAGGGUUCAGUCCACAGCAAUGCAUCGAGUCACUCAGCAUCUGAAGAAGCCUCUGGCUCUGACUCUGCAAGCCAGUCUGAAAGUGAGCAGGGAAGCGAGUCAAACAGCAGCUCCGAGUCCUCUGAGAGUCAGUCUGAAUCUGAAAGUGAAUCAACGGGUUCCAAAUCCCAGCAGACCCCUCCUGAAACCAAAGAAAAACCAGCCUCUAAGAAGGAAAGGAUAGCAGAUGUUAAAAAGAUGUGGGAAGAAUAUCCUGAUGUUUAUGGGGUUAGGAGGUCAAACCGAAGCAGACAAGAACCGUCACGAUUUAAUAUAAAAGAUGAGGCAAGUAGUGAAUCUGAAAAUGAGAGCCCAAAAAGAAGACGCCAGAAGCAGUUGAAAAGAAAAAUUAAAUGGAAAAGAGAGGUCUCUGCUGGAGAAGAGGAUGAAGAUGGAGGGGAGCAAGGCACCAGUGGAGAGAGUGAGCCUGAACCGAAGAAAAUUAAAGCAAGAAGACCUGUCCAAAGGAGAACAGUGGCCAAAACUGGUGUUAAAAAGCCCCACAAAAUCCAGCGUGGGAAGAGGAAGAAACCAGACUCAUCUGAAGAUGAUGAUGAUGAUGAAGACGACGAGACACCCAAGAGACAAACUCGGCGAAGAGCAGCCAAAAAUGUCAGCUACAAAGAGGAUGAUGAUUUUGAGACGGAUUCUGAUGACCUGAUAGAGAUGACUGGGGAAGGAGCUGAUGAACAGCAAGACAACAGUGAAACUAUUGAGAAAGUCUUGGACAUCAGGCUUGGAAAAAAGGGAGCCAUUGGAGCUUCCACCACAGUGUACGUGACCGAGGCCAACGGCAACCCCAGCGCCAACUUCGACCCCGAGAAGGAUGAGGGAGAAGUUCAGUACCUGAUCAAAUGGAAAGGCUGGUCAUACAUCCACAGCACGUGGGAGAGCGAGGAGUCCUUGCAGCAGCAGAAAGUGAAGGGCCUGAAAAAGCUAGAAAACUUCAAGAAAAAAGAGGAGGAGAUCAAGCAAUGGUUGGGCAAGGUAUCACCUGAAGAUGUAGAAUAUUUCAACUGCCAACAAGAGCUGGCUUCAGAGCUGAACAAACAGUAUCAAAUAGUGGAGAGAGUAAUUGCUGUGAAGACCAGCAAGUCUACCACGGGGCAUUCAGAUUUCCCAGCAAACAGUCGCAAAACAUCCUCGAAUGACCCCGAAUACCUGUGUAAGUGGAUGGGGCUGCCCUAUGCUGAAUGCAGCUGGGAAGAUGAGGCUCUGAUCAGCAAGAAAUUUCAGCACUGCAUCGACAGCUUCAACAGCCGUAACAACUCCAAGACGAUUCCUACCCGGGACUGCAAGGUGUUGAAGCAGAGGCCGAGGUUUGUUGCCUUGAAGAAGCAGCCCUCGUACAUCGGUGGGGAGAACCUGGAGCUGCGGGAUUACCAGCUGGAGGGCCUCAACUGGCUCGCUCACUCCUGGUGCAAGAACAACAGUGUGAUCCUGGCUGAUGAAAUGGGGCUGGGCAAGACGAUUCAGACAAUAUCAUUCCUGUCCUACCUGUUCCAUCAGCAUCAGCUCUAUGGCCCUUUCCUGGUGGUCGUGCCCCUGUCCACCCUCACCUCCUGGCAGAGGGAGUUUGAAGUGUGGGCCCCCGAGAUAAACGUCGUGGUUUACAUUGGAGACCUCAUGAGCAGGAACAUGAUACGUGAAUAUGAGUGGAUCCAUUCUCAGUCUAAAAGAUUGAAAUUCAAUGCACUUAUCACAACGUAUGAGAUCCUCCUGAAGGAUAAGGCUGUUUUGGGAAGCAUUAACUGGGCCUUUCUAGGCGUGGAUGAAGCCCAUCGGUUGAAGAAUGAUGACUCCUUGCUGUACAAAACCUUGAUUGAUUUCAAGUCCAACCACAGGCUGCUGAUCACUGGCACCCCGCUUCAAAACUCACUCAAGGAGCUCUGGUCCCUGCUGCACUUCAUCAUGCCAGAGAAGUUUGAGUUUUGGGAGGAUUUUGAGGAGGAUCACGGGAAAGGUAGAGAGAAUGGCUACCAGAGCCUUCACAAAGUCCUGGAGCCGUUUCUCCUGCGCAGAGUGAAGAAGGAUGUGGAGAAAUCUUUGCCAGCCAAAGUGGAGCAGAUCCUCCGGGUGGAAAUGUCUGCUCUGCAGAAGCAGUAUUACAAGUGGAUUUUGACAAGAAACUACAAAGCUCUUUCAAAGGGAACAAGGGGAAGCACAUCUGGUUUCCUGAAUAUUGUGAUGGAAUUGAAAAAGUGCUGCAACCAUUGCUAUCUUAUCAAACCUCCCGAGGAAAAUGAGAGAGAGAAUGGCCUUGAGACCCUGCAGUCCUUGAUCAGGAGCAGUGGAAAGCUGAUUCUCUUGGACAAGCUGCUGACCAGGCUGCGGGAGAGAGGCAACAGAGUGCUGAUCUUCUCCCAGAUGGUGAGGAUGCUGGACAUCUUGGCAGAGUACCUGACUAUCAAACACUACCCUUUUCAGCGCUUGGACGGCUCGAUCAAGGGGGAGAUCCGAAAGCAGGCGCUGGAUCACUUCAACGCCGACGGCUCCGAGGACUUCUGUUUCUUGUUGUCAACACGAGCUGGAGGGUUGGGAAUUAAUUUGGCCUCUGCUGAUACUGUGGUUAUCUUUGACUCGGACUGGAAUCCCCAAAAUGAUCUUCAGGCUCAGGCCCGAGCUCAUCGGAUUGGACAAAAGAAGCAGGUGAAUAUUUACCGCCUGGUCACAAAGGGGACAGUGGAGGAGGAGAUCAUUGAGAGAGCCAAGAAGAAAAUGGUGCUGGAUCAUUUGGUCAUCCAGCGUAUGGACACCACUGGCCGGACUGUUCUGGACAACAACUCUGGGAGAUCCAACUCAAAUCCCUUCAACAAAGAGGAGCUGACAGCUAUUUUGAAGUUUGGAGCUGAAGAUCUUUUCAAGGAGCUUGAAGGGGAAGAGUCAGAGCCUCAGGAGAUGGACAUCGAUGAGAUUCUGCGUCUGGCUGAAACACGGGAGAACGAAGUGUCCACCAGUGCCACUGAUGAGCUGCUCUCACAGUUCAAGGUUGCCAACUUUGCAACCAUGGAAGAGGAAGAGACAGAGCUGGAUGAGCGGUCCCAGAAGGACUGGGAUGAUAUCAUUCCAGAAGAGCAGAGGAAAAAGGUGGAGGAGGAAGAAAGGCAGAAAGAAUUGGAGGAAAUCUACAUGCUGCCUCGAAUCCGAAGCUCAACUAAAAAGGCUCAGACAAAUGACAGUGAAUCUGAUGCAGAGACCAAGAGAAGGCUUCAGAGGUCAUCUGGGUCAGAAAGUGAGACUGACGAUACGGACGACGAGAAGAGACCCAAGCGCAGGGGACGCCCUCGGAGUGUUAGAAAAGACACUGUGGAGGGAUUUACUGAUGCUGAAAUCAGGAGGUUUAUCAAGGCUUACAAGAAGUUUGGAUUGCCUCUUGAACGGCUGGAGUGCAUUGCCCGGGAUGCUGAGCUGGUGGAUAAGUCUGUGGCUGACCUGAAGCGGUUAGGGGAGCUCAUCCACAACAGCUGUGUGUCAGCAAUGCAGGAAUAUGAGGAGCAACUGAAGGAAAAUCCAGCAGAAGGGAAAGGACCUGGGAAGAGGCGAGGUCCUACCAUCAAGAUUUCUGGUGUCCAAGUCAAUGUGAAAUCCAUCAUCCAGCAUGAAGAGGAGUUUGAAAUGCUGCACAAAUCCAUUCCCUCGGACCCAGAGGAAAGGAAGAAGUACCGCCUGACGUGCCGUGUCAAAGCUGCUCAUUUUGAUGUAGACUGGGGAGUGGAGGAGGAUUCUCGCUUGUUAGUGGGAAUUUACGAGCAUGGUUAUGGAAACUGGGAGCUAAUUAAAACAGAUCCGGAGUUGAAGUUAUCUGAUAAGAUCCUACCUGUUGAGACAGAUAAGAAACCUCAGGGAAAACAGCUUCAGACCCGAGUUGAUUAUCUACUGAAACUGCUGAAAAAAGAUCUGGACAAGAAAGAAAACAUGAAAGAUGGGGAAGAGGGCAAGCUGAAGAAGAGGAAACCACGAGUAAAGAAAGAGAACAAGGCUCCCAAAGUCAAAGAUGAGCAUGGGAAUGAACUCUCCUCUCCUCGGCACUCAGACAACCAGUCAGAAGAAGGUGAAGUCAAGGAGGAUGGCUUGGACAAGAGCCCAGUAAAAAAGAAACAAAAGAAGAAAGAGAACAAAGAGAACAAGGAAAAACAGACAUCCUCUAAGAAAGAAAAGGAAAGCGAUAAAGAGAAAAAGAAGACAAAAGACAAGAAAGAGAAGCCUAAAGGUGGUGAGGCCAAAUCUGGAAGUAAAGGGAAGAGAUCUCAAGGUCCUGUCCACAUUACUGCAGGGAGUGAGCCAAUCCCCAUUGGAGAAGAUGAGGAUGAUGAUCUGGACCAAGAAACAUUCAGCAUAUGCAAGGAAAGGAUGAGACCAGUCAAAAAAGCACUGAAGCAACUUGAUAAGCCUGACAAGGGAUUGACAGUUCAAGAACAGCUGGAGCACACACGCAACUGCCUCCUAAAAAUCGGUGAUCGCAUCUCUGAGUGCCUUAAAGCCUACACUGACCAGGAUCACAUCAAGCUAUGGAGAAGGAACCUAUGGAUAUUUGUGUCAAAAUUCACAGAAUUUGAUGCCAGAAAACUACACAAACUCUACAAGAUGGCUCAUAAAAAAAGAUCACAGGAAGAGGAGGAGCAGAAGAAGAAGGAGGACAUGUCCAGCAUGAAGAAGCCGUUCCGCCCAGAGCCUUCAGGCUCCAGCCGUGAUUCCGUGAUGUCCCAGUCGCACGUGCCUCACAAUCCUCAUUCCCAGAAGAUGCACAUGCCCCCUUCCCACACCCAGCAGCCAAUGCACGGGCACCCAAGGGACAACUACGGCCAUCCAAACAAGAGACAUUUCAGCAACACAGACCGAGGAGACUGGCAGAGGGAUCGAAAGUUCAACUACGGUGGCAACAGCAACCAGAUGUGGGGCGGGGAGCGGCACCACCAGUACGAGCAGCACUGGUACAAGGACCACCACUACGGGGACCGGCGGUCACGGGGAGAUCCCCACCGGAGCUCCGGGAACUACAGACCAAACAACCUGUCCCGCAAGAGGCCCUACGAGCAGUACAACAGCGACCGGGACCACCGAGGCCACCGGGACUACUACGACAGGCACCACCACGAUUCCAAACGUCGACGUUCCGAUGACUUCAGGCCUCAGAACUACCACCAGCAGGAUUUCCGGCGGAUGUCUGACCACAGGCCGCCCAUGGGGUACCAUGGCCAAGGACCUUCGGACCACUACCGGUCCUUCCACACAGACAAACUGGGAGAUUACAAGCAGCCCCUCCCUCCAUCUCACCCUGCAGUGUCGGACCCUCGCUCGCCCCCCUCUCAGAAAUCCCCCCACGAUUCCAAGUCACCUCUUGAUCACAGGUCACCUCUGGAUAGGUCAUUGGAACAGAAAAACAAUCCAGAUUAUAACUGGAACAUUCGGAAAGCAUAAAGUGACUGAGAGGGGGAAGUGCACGUCUGAAAUACUGGGCUUGAUGCGACGGUGGCUGCUUUCUCCAAGCCAGCAACAAGAAACUCUGAACAUGCUGCUAUCAUCUGGCUGGGUCAAGGAAGAUUUUGGGGGAGUGGGUGGAAGAAGAUUUUCCCUAGUUCUUGAUUCUGGUUUAGAUUCCCAUUUCCUUUCCCCUUUUUUACCAUUGAACUGUUCUGUCAUGGAACCAGCCUUGCUGCCUUGUUCUUUGUUUUGUUUUUGUUUUCCUCAGUCCAGUGGACCCAAGGGAAUUUUCCCCAGCCAGUGUUUCCUCAGAAGGAGAAGGCAGAUUGAUGCUGCUUAGGGUGGUGCAGAAGGCUGUGUGCCUGCUCUGACUUGAUGUUAUGUGACAGAUGCUGCUUUGGGGUUGGGGAUGGGAUUUGUGUGUCACCAGCAUGGGGCAAUGGGAGGAUGUAUUCAAGGAGGGACAGGGAAGUCCCUCAGCAGCCAGACUUGGUUGAAAGAGGCACUUGAUGUCCCUGCAGAAUUGACUCCAAAGGAGCUGGAGCCAUGCUGGUGACAAUCCAUCACUUUCCUGCCCACGUUAUCAUUUCCAUGUCUUUAUCCAUUUCAAGAAGCUGACUCUGCUUUGAUUGCUGUUGUGUCCCCUGCAACAGAAGAGGUGGGGGGAUCUUCCUCCCAUCUCCAGAGCUGGAAGGCAGAUCUUGACUCUGGAGGUAAGAGGGAGCUGGGUUAUGGUAAAAAGAGGCCAACUUCUUUAGCAAGGGCUUAGUUCACUUCUAGCCAGCAGGAAAGAAAUUGGGAUGAGAACAGUAUUUCCCUGUGGACAGGGCUCAGAAAUUCAUAACAAAACACUUUUCUGGCAUGGGUAGCUUGGGUGGUCCAGGAACUAAUAGAUGCUGGCUGGGAAGUGCAAGAUCAAAAAGGUGGCUCUGAGGAUCCUGGAACUCGUAAUCUUCCUGUCACUAAAGUCUCUGGUCUUUGGGCAAAUUACUUCUUUCUGUGCUUCACAAAGCAGUGAUCACAAACCUUUAACUGUAACUGAAGGAUAAGGGAUGGUAGAACAAAGUGAAAUAGGAGUCCAGUGGAGUGAUCACUGUUCAGGGAAUAGUCACCUUCUUGCCACCUUUCCAGCAGUCAGCAGUGACUAAAUUGCUAAAAGUACCUGCAUUUAUAGACCUUUUGUUUGUCUAAAUUGGAAAUGAAUCUUAGGACUUAGCACCUCAGUGAGCAGGGAGAGAAUGAGGAAUUCAGGACAGAGCUGUAAAGAUCCUUGGAGCAAAUGUCUUAGAGCCCAGCAUGGCAGAGGGAAAAGCUGUGAAGCCCAGCUCAGUGGACUUCAGGGCAAACCCUCCAAGUAUUCCAACCACAUUUAACCAUUUAAUGUAAGCCAGCAUCUGACCUGGACACUGGUGUGGUGAGAGGGGUUGGUUGUGCACAUACUGCUGGUCAGAAAGCACUUUGGGUGAUUAUUUUCCAGGCUGGAGUUCCCUAGAGACCACAAAGCUCUCCCAAGAGCCAGGCUUCCCCCAGCAUGGUGGCUGGGGCUGCAUCACCACCCAGAGCUCAGUAUUAAAGACCAGGCUGUUCCAGACUCCUGUUUGGUGGGGCACAGAAGCUGGGCCUCCUAUUAAGAUGCCAGUAUUUGACCCUAAUAAGCUGUGAUAUCCCUUCCCCAAAAGACUGAGGGCAGAUGGUGUUCAGGGCUGGCUUCCUGACUCCAGCCAGUGCCUUGGAAGGUGCAUGCAAACUGACACUAAAACUCCUCCAUGCAGUGUAUCCCUGGAAAUCUACUGCCAUCACUCUUCCAGAUCCCACUGCUCUAACGGGACACAUGGGAAGUGUUUUGUUCCCCUUUUGUUUUUUUGUUGCAAGAUUUCCACCAAAUUCAGGGCAGUUUUGUUUCCUUAGGGGCACUCGCUGCCCUGAUCAAGUGUUACACUUGUGUUUACCUGUGCAGGGUGAGGUGAAGGCAAGUCUUCCACAGUCCCCCUGGGAGGGGUGGGAGGUGUGGAGAGAGCACCUUUCUGUGGUGUUUCCCACUAAGCUGUGACUGCAGGCUCUGGUAUUCAACAAAGAGGUCCUUUCUUUUCAGAGGUAUUAGCUUUUAAUGUGCAAAUGGAAGCAACCUCAGAGGGGCAAAGAGAAUUUCUCUUUUUGCCACAGAAGUUUGUGCCAUACUUGUGUAGCAAAGGCAAUACUGGCCAACCAGUUCGAGGGUUGGUGCAGGAAAACUUUGGGUCCCAGCAAGAGGCAUUUUCUGUGUCAAGGUGUGGGGGGUUCUGCUUAUCCCAGGUUCCAGGCAUGAGGUUGGUUGGGAUUUCUUUCUUGUGGAACAGCAAAAGCUUUACCCAUAUCCAGUGGAGAGCUGUCCCCACUGGCACUUUAGCCUGAUGGUGAAGUCACAUCAUGACCACUCAUGGUGUGUGGGUCUUGGCUAGGUUUGGCUUUAAUGAAGCUGGAGAAGGAGAUUUGGGAGAAAGUCUUCCCUGAGCACACACAGACACACACAUUUUAUGUCCCCUCAGCAUAGGGACCAUAACCAAACACAAUCAUGGGGACGAGUGGGAUCAGAGGGGACACAUCCACAGCCAUUAACUUCCCUGUGGUGUUUGUGUCAGUAUCUGGUAAUCUGGUACAGCUCUUCCUUCUGAACCAGCGGUGGGAUUCCCUCCAGCCUCUUUGAAGGAAAAAGCAGUAACUUGCUGGGGUUCAAUUAAAAAAAAAAAAAAAAAAAAAGAGUUU